UAUUUUACUUUAUUUUAGUAUUUGGCUUGCCGUCGGAAACAACUGCGUCACAAUGUGGCUGUCCUUCAAAACAAAAGCACAACAUUUCACAGAAACAUGUUUUUUGUAAAAGAAUAAAUGUUUGCAAGCUCAUUUAUCUUUAAACGAGGCAGAAAGCAACCGCCUCAAAAUAAUACACGUUUAAUCUUAUUAAAAAGUAUAUAGAUACUUUUUUUAUUUUGUAAAUCCGGAUGUUGUUGGCGGAAGAAGAUAAGACACAAAAACGUCGUGCGUGUCGUCCUAUCGUCAGGAUGAAGCUUCGUGUUCGCAUCUACAAGCAGACCAACAAAGUGGACUUGUUUGGACCCGAGUCCACGAUAAAGGAGCUGACGGAACACAUCCAGAACGUCCUGCUGCCCUCCCACGGCCUCGGCCAGGACGUGGUGUUCGGUCUUUCCCUGAGUGGCGCCGAGCUCCUAACUGACACGAGUCAGACGCUGUCAUCUUGCGGCGUGGUCCCUGGAGACCUCAUCCGUGUGUUGCUUCCGGCCGUGAACGCCUCCCCAGAGAACGGUGACUCAGCCUGGACGCCCCUCGCCGAACCCACCGCCAUGACCUCCAGCGGGUCCUGUAGGCCUGCAACUCCUGACCCAUCAGAGCCAUCGGGCUCCUGCGGCCCCCGAGCGCCUCCUGUCCUCAGCUGGGAGCCGAUGCUGUGUGGCGAGGCCGGCGAAGGCCAAGCGCCGCGCUCUCUGGAACUGCUCUAUCACAACGCCUGUGUGACGACUCCCAACGACGCCAUCAUGGUGGCUGCCCACCUCUUGAUGCUGGAGACGGGUUUCACGCCGCAGGGCAGUGAGGUGAAGUCCGCUCAGAUGCCGUCUGGAUGGCGGUCGGAGGGUGGAGCCUACAGACUUCAGUACACGCACCCGCUGUGUGAAAGGGGCGUGGUCACGGUGGUGGCGGUGCGCAUGAGCCCCGUGCUCGUCAUCGAAGCCAUUCUGCAGGUGGCCGACAGCGCCAGCAUGGCAGCAAAGGUGUGCGUGGACCCCUCCAGCUAUGUGACGGAGGCGUGGUCAGGGGCAAGCGCAGCAGCCGCCUUUACGGCUCUGAGUCGACUGUCGCGAGUCUUCAAAGACCAGCUGGUGUACCCGCUGAUCGCCGCCACACGCGAAGCUUUGUCUCUGCCCGUGGCGUUCGGCUUGGCGGCGCUCCCUCCCGAGCUCCUCCUGCUGGUGCUGCGCCUGCUGGACGUGCGGUCGCUGGUGAGACUGUCGGCCGUCUGUAAGUACCUGCACGCCUCCACCGAGGACCCGGCGCUCUGGAGACACCUUGUUCGACGCGACUUCAGCGAUCACAACUGGCAGGGAGAAACCAACUGGAAGGAGCUCUACAAAAGUUUCUACAAGUUCCGGCACAAACGAGGAUGUGUGGACCGGCCCUGCUCCCUCCCUCUCAUUCAUCGCCAAAUCUUCAGCCCUGUCCCCCCUCCGUACUCGCCACUGCCCGGCAUCAUCGGUGGCGCAUACGACCAGAGACCCGCCAUCCCCUACGGCGUGCUGCCCACACCUCGCUACGACCCGAUCGGUCCACCCCUCCAUGGCCCGCUGCACAGCGAGCGGCGGCGGCGACGCAGCGACCCCCGGCCACCGCCAGGAAGCGUGCGUCCCGCUGACGUCAGACGAGGCUUCAUCUGACCGAGCGUGGCCUUGUGUAACAGCGGCUGAUGGUUGUUUUCAAGACAGCAAAAACAUGGCGGCUCCUCAACGUGACGAGAUGCUCAUAGCAACGCUUCACGCAGCGGCGCCACGGCCGUGUGGUUGACGGCGAGCUGCUGACAUCAUCUUGAUGAUCCAUUGCUCCGUCAGCAUGCUGACGUUAAAAAGCACUUUGUCAGCAAAUGUUGCUUCUUUUUUUUCAAAGAAUGACAAUGCUUUGUGCCUUACGUUAUUAAACAUUUCACUUGAAAUAGUUCAA